GCAUAAGGCAAGCAAUCUAUCCCCAAUGGACAUAGUUGUGAUAAUUUCCUUCUUGAUCGAAUAUUAUAGCUUGCAUUUAAAUCUCCAAUUUGGAUACAAGUAGUCUUUUAUAAUUUUGGGGUAACUAGGAACGAACAAAAGAUAAAUUUUUCCAUUAUUAACUUCUAAUAAUACCAACACCAGCUUUCAUCUUUAUGUGAUGGUUAGGUUUGCAUAUUCUGAUGACCCAGUCGAUAUAUAUAUUAGACAGAAUAUUCAUUCUUUCAUGUCCUACCAUACCAGACAGUUUGGUCUUUGAGUUGUAAGUUUGAAAGUAAUAAACUCAUGGUCUGGGACGAAUUUUUACUUCUGAAUGUACAAAAGCAUAACGGCAGUCAGGGGUUUUUGUGGCGAUGUUUUCUCUGGAUAACAGAAGGAGAGCGUGGGGAUGGCCUCAGAAAUAUCAAUAUUUCAUGUGUUUCUGUCUUCGCUGUUAAGACCCUAAAGGUAUAGUUCUAAGUCGUUCGAAACUCGAUAGGGCGCCGUACAUUACUGGCUUCAAGCAGUUGUCUGUUUUUCACUUCAUUUGCGCUUCCUAGUCGUUUAGAUCACUUCCAACCCAAUCUCUUUUGUAGGUACCUCACUGAGAAUUGUCCUUCGACAGUGGGCAACGUGCGAGUGACAACUUUCCUCCUACAACAUGUGAAAUCACCUCGUCCAUCAUUAAGCCUUAUCUUCAUUACCUAGCUGAAACAAGUUUACAGAUUACAUAUUUAUCAUAUAUACAUCAAUGGCUUCAGUGUUUGCAGGUUUUCUGAUUUAUCAGAAUUACUGUGAUCGAACCUGUUUUUUUUACUAUGAACGUCUGUUCAGAAGAACUCAGCCUUCAGCUUUCUUUUCUCUCAUAUACUUUACGAGAAACUACUUGUGACUUGGAAGAAUGCCGAUAUUAAUAUCGGUCCGGCUGUUUGCUGUGACUGCGGAAUAGUUGUUACUUAUUACAGUGAAACAAGAUUGCUACACCGACUGAAGAAAGGAAAAUAGUGUGAAUCUAGACUUAUUCAUUAACUGACCACUGAUCAAAGAGACUUCAAAGCUAACUAUAAGGUGUAUAUCAUUUUAAAUUUCCAGUCAAUGGAUAAAUUUUGGACGGGCAGUGGUUAACGUAAAUUAAUUAACAGUUUAGUUUCUAUAUAACUUACAAAAUGGAUAAGUUUACCUACUUGACUGAAAAAUAUAGCUCGUCACUGAGUUGUACGUUUGUUUUUUGACCCAACUUUAUACUUCUAUUUCUGAAUCCAACCACAUCUUAGAUUCCUCUGAACCACUUUCUAGUCUGAAGGAUAUAUUGCCAACGUUACCCCGUUUCAAGAUGUCUUUUGGAACUGAAAUCUUUUAGUGCGGCUAUAUUCUGUAGCAGUCGUCCUCGAGGUGAAAUUAGUUUACUACCAACACAGUCUGUGGUAGAAGUCUCCUAUAUUUCGAUAACUGGGUGGUGAUAAUGUUUUUGUAAUCGUCACUUGAAUUCUCUAUAUAUUACAUGCAAAUACAGAAUGAGUGUGGCCAAGAAUUCGCUGGAUAACACGGGAAAUUCCAAUGAUGCUAUCGAUUGGGAUGAUAUGGUUUAUCAUCCAGCAUUCGGAGCAGAUAUUGAUCCCAAAGCAGGCUUACAUCCAGCUACUGAAGCUUUGCAAGCACUGAAAUAUGAAUCAGAAGAUUCAGAUGCUAAUGCUCGUAGUUACAAAGAAGAAGGAAAUUAUUAUUAUAAGGGGAAAGACUUUUCUAAAGCGAUAUUGUCUUAUACAGGUGGCCUACGUGCAAAGUCAUCAGAUAGUAAAUUAAAUGCAAUACUGUAUACCAAUAGAGCAGUAUGCCAUUUCUAUCUAAAGAAUUACCGAUCAUGUAUUCGUGAUUGUAAGUCUGCUGUUAGUUUGUCACCGGAUUAUGUUAAAGCUUAUGUAAAAGGGAUUGAGGCUUGCCUAGCACUUUCAAAAAUUGAUGAAGCUUUAGAAUUGUCAUCAACCGGCUUAAAUAUACUGCCUUCUUCUCCUGAAUUACUUGAUGUACAAUAUAAGGUUCUUAAAAAGCAAAUGGAAUUAGAUAAGGAGGUUGAACAGCGAUCAAGAUUGGAUUGUAGAAAAGAAAAUGAUAUGAAUACUGAAUAUGAGAUUUUAAAGUCACGUGGAAUUGAUGUUAAUCUCAAAUUAAAACCUAUUGAUAUGCCAGAAGUGGGUUGUUCCACAUUUUAUGUGGAUUCAUUGGGUAAAUUUCACUGGCCUAUUCUUUUUAUGUAUCCUGAAUUCGGACAAACUGAUUUCCUCCGUGAUGUAAUUGAAUCAAGCAUGAUCAUUGAUUGUUUAAAGUUAGUUUUUGAUGUGAAUCAGCCUCCUCCACCGUGGGAUCCGAAGCGCCUAUACUCCCUUGAAGAUGAUGCUAUAGAGGUUUAUUUUGAACAUGAUAUAAUGAAAAAGUUUAUUCUUUGUUCACCGCAAUGUACAAUCAAAAAACUAACUAAACAAAAUGGAUUUAGUGUCGGCAGAGAUCUACUCAUUAUUUUACAUGUGAUAUCUAAACGAUCAACACAUUUCUAUAGUAGUUGGAAAGACGAGAAAAUUUAACUUUAUUGACUGUCUAGCUUUACGCGUUAUUUGCAGGAAUUAUCUUUGUUUUUUUUUUAAAUACUGGAUAAAAUAAAACCCCAUUUUAGAAGAA